AGGACGCUGAUUGGAUCCCUCCAUUCAUCGUCUCCUUGUUAGAGAAGAAUCCUCCUGGAUCGGCCCUCUUUCUGGAAGAGGAAAACCGCAUCAGUGAUGAGCGCAGGCAGGUUACUCACAACUUUAUCCUGGAUGACGAAUGUGAAUAACGUGACCGGGGGCCAGUCCCAGGCCUUGGUCCUGCAGCCGCUCUGGGACUACCUUCACAAGAACCACCACGACCUCCUGAGGAGUCCUCUCUUCCCUGUCGUCCUCUCCGUCUCCACCUACUUCAUUCUAGUCGGUCUUUACACCAUCCUGGACUUCCUUGCGCCCACCUGGCCUUGCAUCAACCGCUACAGGCUCCACCCUGAUCGGCCCAUCACCUGGCCUAACAUCUGGACCACCUUUGGCGUCACCAUCUACAACCACAUCUUCUACAUCUUCCCUUCUGCGGUCGGUCAGUGGAUGUGGAGGCCGCCCACGCCACUGCCCUCCGAGGCCCCGACUCUCUGGAGCUUCUUCCUGGGGAUCAUCGGCUGCAUGGUGGUCUUCGACUUCCAGUAUUACCUGUGGCACCUGCUCCACCACCGAAUACCGUGGCUGUACCGCACCUUCCACGCUGUGCACCACCAGUACAACCAACCCUUCAGCCUCGUCACUCAGUACCUGUCUGGCUGGGAGCUCUUCAGCGUUGGAUUCUGGACCACGGUGGACCCCAUCCUGCUGCAGUGCCACUGCCUCACCACCUGGAGCUUCAUGGUCUUCAACAUCUACGUCUCCACCGAGGACCACUGCGGGUACAACUUCCCCUGGGCCCUGCAUAACCUGGUGCCCUUUGGCCUCUGGGGUGGCGCCCCGAAACACGACACACACCACCAGCGCCCCGGCACCAACUUUGCCCCUUUCUUCUCUCACUGGGACUGGCUGGGGGGCACCAACACCGUGCCAACAAUCUCCAGCCACUCUGCUGCUGCUGCUGCGACAGGAGGAGCGGAGAUGAAAGCGAGGAAAGACUAAAGAGCUUGAGUUAAUCUCUCACUGACUCUAUUACUCAAACUGCCUCUUUUGUGCCUGCUCUCAUUCCUGCAUUCCCUCCUCUCUCCCACAGUUUGCUCUCCUCCAUGUUGAUAUCACUGCAUCCUCUGCCAUAUGUUGAUAUAUCUCUAACAAACAUGGACGCUCUUCUUCUUCUUAAAGUUGCUGUAAAAUGACUGCCUGGUAAGUCGUUGAGAAAUGCUCUUGUACGUCUCUUUCCUGUGCAUGUACUUGUGUUUGUUCUCACAUCACUCGUCUAACAUGAUCUGAGCUUCAAAAUAAAAGCACAAGCUGUUUCUCUCUA